AUGGCACCCCUUUCCCCACUCCUCACCCCUAAUAAGUCUGGUGCUGAUUUGGUAAAAGCGUUUGCGCUGUGGGCAAAGAUUGUGAUCCCACUAGUGGUGAUAGGGGCGCUGGGGUUCGGCGUGUAUUGUUGCAGAAGCCAUCGAAAGCAGAAGAGGAGGAGGAGGGUCGGGAUGUUGAGGAGCCUGGAUGCGGUGGAGGAGAAGGAGGCGCAGGGGAAGAUAAAGGGUGGCGCGGGGGUGGAGGUAGUGAGAGAUGUGGAUGGUGGUGGGAUGCAGGUAGAUCGCAUCCAGUCUUAUCCGGAGAGGGAUGACGGGAUAGUGAGGCCUCAUGGAUCUUAG